CAUUGCAUUACCCAAGAGUAAUACACAGCCACCAUCCCCUUCAAGCUCUUCGCCGACCUCUUCUCCUCGGGUAGAGGGAGUUGUCGCCGCCGGUGGGGACAGGACGUGAGUGUCGUCGUCGCCUGUGGAAGGUCUGUUCGGCCCUAAUCUCAUCAUUCAUCUUCUCCUCGCCGUCUUUGCGUUGAGCUCGUGGCGCCGCCGUCGCAAAGGGUUCGUCUUCUCCUUUUCUCCUCUCAGGGUUCCUCUCCUCUUCGAUCUCUCUCUGUCCGAGCUCAUUGUCCCUCUUCGAGCUCUCCUUCAACCGUGUCGUCUUCUCCUAAAACCGUGUCGUCUUCUUCUUCUGCCUUUGGUCUUCUUCUUUCUCGUUCGCCGUCGUCAUCCUUUGGUUUCAUCGUCUCCGUCUCGCCGACUUGCCGUCACAGGUGUGGGCUUUCCAUUCGCCUCUGCUCGUGCUUCUUGCCUCUGGGUCACAAGAUUUUGUUUUUCACUGGACCAGAACAAGCAGUAGCCCUUGUUUCUCUUCUUUCCAGAGAGUUCCAACGCAGUUCCAUUACGCCGGCGCCGCCUGUAGCAGCGUCCUCCAUCCGCCACUGCAACACCCCUGUCCCCUUUCUUUUUGUCCUGUUCUAGUUCUCUGCUUCCAGGGGAUAACGUGAAAAAUAUAUAAAACAUUGAGCAGAGUGUCAGUGACCUCAACUACCAGCCAUGGCAAUAAGCUUCCAUCCCCUCACUCUACCUUCAGCUAUACCGAAGAUAGAGCUAAGAGCCGCAAAUUCAUGGAGCCCUAGCCUGACAGUUAGCUCACAGAUGAUGUCCCAAAUGCGAAAGGAUAGUCGGGGACGACGGAUAUGGCGGCGAAGGAGAUUGACUAAAAAGGAUGAAUACUUGCCGUUCAAGAUGGAGCGGGUACCUUUCCUGGAGGAGCAAGUUCGGAUUAUAAAGGAGCAGGGAAAACUGUUGACAUUGGAUAUAUACAAGUUGUUGUUAUCAGAGGACAAUCAGUUUGAUUUUGUGAAUGAGAUAGCAGCUGAGGCAAAUGAAUAUGUUGAGAACAAUGUAGAUGAGUAUGGAGGUGAGAAGAAGGCCAUUCUUCAUGUUCUGAGCAACAGAAUGAACGAUAUGGGGUUUCCCCGACCAGAUGCAUAUGCCGAGUCUGAUCCCUUCAAGCCCGGGCCUGAUUAUUUGAAACAGGAGUUCACAUGAGUUCAAAUCAAAUGUUAUGCCGGUAUCUUAAAGUAGGGUUGAAAAAUCAAUUAUUUGCUUCACUUGCAUAGUUGAUGUCAGUCUAUGUUGGCUUUAGUUAUUUGUAUGUAUACAAUUAAAAGCUAUCUUGAAAAUAUAUUUAAAAAAGAAUGACUGUAUUUUGCAAUUACACCAUUGUACUA